UGCGCAAAACAAGGAUUAAAAGUGCUUAUUUACGUGAUAAAUAGUAAUAAAUACUGUAAUUUAGGUUUUCUGAUUGUUGUAAUUACCAAAUAAAUGGGCAAUUCCGGACUAAAACAACACUAUGAAACGGCGUCAAAAACGGGCGUCUUACAAAUUUCCAAUCAUAGAUUGAGAGAAAUUCCAGAAGAUGUUUUCAAUUUGUCGGAACAUCUAAGAAAUUUGGACAUAUCAAAAAAUAAAAUAGCGAUUAUACCAGAAGAUAUAAGCAGGUUAAAGUUUUUGAAACAAUUAAAUGUAAGCACAAACGCGAUACAGGUUAUGCCAAGUUCAUUAGCUAAUCUGAAGAAAUUGGAAAUGUUGAACGUGUCCUUCAACUCUAUUUCAUGUUUGCCCGAAUCUUAUUCGAGUCUAACUAAUUUGAAACAAAUUUAUUUAAACAACAACAAGUUUAAGGAGUUUCCUAAGCAGCUUCUUGGUCUAACUAAUAUUGAAGUGGUAGACCUUUCAAAUAAUAAGUUAACAGAGGUACCAAAUGGAAUGUCAACCUUUUUUGCGGCAGAGUUAAACUUGAGUCAAAAUGAGAUAUCAUCAUUGGGUGAGGACUUGCACCAAGCACCUAGAUUAAAAAUACUGCGGUUAGAUGAGAAUUGUUUAAGUCUAGACUCUAUUACACCAAGCUUACUCAGAGAUUCUAAAAUUCAUACAAUAACUAUAGACGGGAAUCUAUUUGAAUCCAAGCAGCUGACAUCACUUGAAGGGUACAAUGAGUAUUCAGAGAGAUAUACAACAAUAAAGAAGAAAAUGUUUUGAUUAUGCUAUAAUUUAUUAGUAGCUCUAAAAUAUCAAGUAUUAAAACAGUACAUGAAAGUUUUAAUACUGAGCAAUUCCAUACACAGCUUUAUCUAAACUCAUGCAAUAAAUUAAUGAAAUCUUCGUAAUAUUUUAUGACUGUUUGCUUCUUAUUUUUCUUCAAGUUAGUAUCAUAUUAUUUAUUUGAAGUCAUUUGAUUAACAAAAUUAAAGUAAAAAAUAAUAAAAAAAUGCAAUAAAUUGUGAUUUAAAAUUUAGCUAUCUAUUUUGCUUAGUUAUACUUAUGCUAAAUUCUAGUCUUAAGGCCAAUAUGAUGAUGCUUGAACAAUCAGCUGUGGAAAUUCUUCUACAGUAAAAAAAAAUACUUACCAUAUUUUCAUACCACUAUAAAUAAGCCCCUGUACGAUGAACCCCUGUACAGAAAAUAAAUAUGUAAUGUUACACUUUUUAUUAAAUUAU